GAGCGGUGAGUUAAGAAUAUCUUUUCCGAAUUGUAACUAAUAUGUGUACACAAUGUGUUUGUGCAAAGUCAAUUAUUGUACUUUUUGCCAAUUUGGUGCUUGCGGCACCCGCGACACUCGCCCCGCGCAUCGCUGGUGAAAGUGGCUCUCAACUGGGAAGCCCUAAUGGUCAAUAUACGUUGAGCAUUCGGCAUCCGGAUGGCAAAACCUUGCGCGAGGAGACCGUGAAACAGGUUCCACCCGGUGUCCCGGAGGUAAAAGGUACGCUCAUUCAGAAUUUUGACGUCGAAGGUGGAACUCUGGUGGUCACCUAUGAGGCGGGGCCCAAUGGAUAUGUGGCCAAGUAUAAAUAUACUAUCGGACAAGAAUUUUCGGCAGCUCCGGCUUUAGGUAUUGGACUUCUAAAGUCCCUUCCCGGUUAAAUUUGAUUUUUAUUUGGUGUUUUA